AUGGAAUUGCCAAGAACCGAGAAGAUGAGGGUUCAAAGGCAGUACUGCACAUUCCUAAAAAACAAAAAUGAUGCACAGGUAUUUCCAGAGACCAAUUCUGCCAAAAAAGGGAAAGAGCCGAAAGCACUUCUCCAGGCAGAACAAGUAAUCCAGCCACAGAAGAUGUUGGAAGCAGAAUCUCCAGUCAAGCCUUCUAUCCAUCUUGCCUCAUCCUCAGACAGUCAACUUAAACCUUCACAAGUACAAGGAAAAUCUGAACCUAUUCCAGUAGAAGGGCAAGAGGACUGGACUGAGGAAUAUGAAGAGGAACAACUAGAUUAUGAACCAUCUACAGAUGACCAGAAUGCACUCCUCGAAGCAGGAGAACAGGAAGACUGGACAGAAGAAUUUGGGGAAGAACAUAUGGAAUAUGAUGGGGAAAUAGAUGUAGAAACUGAAGCUUUUGGUGUAGAAUUAGAGGACCUAUUGUAG